GCGAGAUGGGAAACUAUAAAUCAAGGCCACAAUCCACAUGCUCACAGGAACUUCUAAAUAAAAUUUUGGAAAAUUAUGCAUUGCUGGAGGAGAAGUUGCAACAGGAUUUAUACAUUGCUGACACAGAAGGGCUUACAGAUAUUCAGAAUGUGUGUUGUAAUGGCACUGCAGACCAACUUGCAAGCCUCCUCAGUCCAGAAGCUCUUGGUGAGCGACUGGACAAUGGCAUGACACUCCUGCAUUUAUGCUGCCUUUCCAAAGACAUACCAAUCAAUGAAGAAUACUUGGAGAAAAAGGAGGAAAAAAAAGUGGAAGCUGAAGAGGAUAUGAAGGAGUCUCCAUGCUAUCUGCAGCUCAUGAAGUCUUCACGUAACAAGAAGGACCGGGAAGGAAUCAAGGAAAAUGAGAAAGAAAAUGAAAUGCAGAUGCAGGAGACAAAAGCUUAUAGGCAUAAAGAUAUUAAGGAACUGGUUCGAAUCCUCCUGCAGAAGGGAGCAGAUCCAACCAUAAUAUGUAAAAAUGGAUUCUCACCUCUUCAUAUUGCUUCAUAUAAGGGGGAUGUGGAUCUGGUUCGUCUCCUCCUGGAAAAGUGUAGCCACCUUGACCACACAGGAGCAGGGAGUGUCACUGCCCUGCAUAUAUCUUGCAUGGCUGGCCACCUGGAGGUCACAAGAGCACUGGCUCAGCGUGGUGCAAACAUAGAGGCCAGAGAUGCUGUGUCUUUUUCUCCUCUUCACAUUGCUUGCCUUUUUGGAAAUGAAUCGGUUGUGGAAUAUUUACUUUCACGUGGAGUUGAUGUCAAUAUAUCAGGCUCUGUGGGUGACCGGCCGCUCCAUUUAGCCAGCACAUUUGGCUAUUAUAAAGUGGUACAGAUGCUUCUAAAGAAAGGAGCAAGAGUUCGAAUUCAAGACGAGGAAGGUAACACAGCUUUGCAUUGCUGUGUUCGGAAUGGUCAUUCUAAUAUUUUAAAUUUACUGCUGCAACCACAGUUUCGAUCUGAUGCCCACAUUACAAAUGUCUAUCUUGACACUCCUCUUCAUGUAGCUUGUUAUCACGGGUGGUUUGAAUGUGCAAAGGCCCUGCUGACAUAUGGAGGUUCAAGCCUGUUGCUGAAAGAAAACUUAUGGGGUGAAAUAGCAGUGCAAGCAGCUUGCACAGGGGGUCAAAGCAUAGAUCUUGUGGAUUUCUUAUUAAGUCAGGAUCCUGCUUUGAUUAAUUAUCAGAGUCCAGAUGGUCACACACCUUUACACUCUGCAUGUUACCAUGGGCAUGCAAAGAUUGUCCAGCUUCUACUUAGUCAUGGAGCAGACACAAAUCUUACAGCUCAUGAUCGGAUUUUAAAUAGUGAGAAAAAGGUCAUACAGGAAGAGCAGACACCACUCAUGUGGGCAUAUGAGAAAGGGUAUGAUGAUAUUGCCAGCAUUCUCAAGUAUUUCAGACGACCAGGUUUAUAUGAAGAUUAUGCAAGAGGAGACUAUUUGUCAGGUCUUGAAACUACAUACUUUCCCAUUCCUUCACCAAUUGGUAAACUGCGAACAAUGAUUCAAGAAAAGAUAGAUGUACUACAUCUUCGACUGGUAUUGCCACCAGAAUUACAUCUCAGUUUGUCAGAUAUAGAAAAUAUGGAAAAUAUUGGAUCUGGUUCAUUUGGAAAAAUUUACAAGGGGAAAUAUGAAGACAAAAUUGUUGCUGUGAAGAGAUACAGAGCCAACAUGUCCUAUGGUAAAAGUGACGUGGAAAUGUUCUGCCGUGAGGUGUCUGUUCUUGGGUCUCUUGAUUCCCCUUACAUUGUUAAGUUUGUUGGUGCUUGUUUACAGGACCCAAGUCAAUUUGCAAUUGUCACGGAAUAUGUUGCUGGAGGUUCCCUGUUCAGCACUCUACAUGAACAGAAGAGGUCAAUUGACACAGUGACUAGACUACAGAUAGCCCUUGAUGUAGGAAAUGGCAUGCUGUAUCUACACACACUGCCACAACCUAUCAUUCAUAGGGACUUGAAUUCCCAUAACAUUCUUCUAAGCAAUGAUUGUCGAGCUAGAGUUGCAGAUUUUGGGGAAUCAAGAUUUGUACGAAAUAUACUUGAAGAAAAUAUGACUAAACAGCCAGGUAAUCUUCGCUGGAUGGCACCUGAAGUAUUUACGCAGUGCACCAGAUACUCAAUUAAAGCUGAUGUAUUUUCAUUUGGACUUUGUCUGUGGGAACUUCUAGCCUCUGAACUUCCUUUUGCCCACCUCAAGCCUGCUGCUGCAGCUGCUGACAUGGCAUACAAACACAGUCGGCCUCCCCUUGACAUGGCCUUUCCCCAAAGAAGUAGCAACAUUACUGGAGAACUCUUGGCAUAAGGUACCAGAAGAAAGACCUGAUUUUUCACAGAUUGUAGAGGACCUAGAGACUUUAAUCGAGUCGCAGAAAGUUGCCCAAAAGGACGGAGGCAGCCCAGUGCACCCUCACCACCACCAUACAUGCUGUGCUACGUGCUCUUUUGUGUCACCAACAGGAAGCACAACUCCACCUGAUUCUUCUCAGAACACAGACUCAGAGCUGUCUGGCCAUGUGACAGCUUUGCGGACAAGGUGGGAGCAAGAGGCCAGUCGAGGACAGACAGCUUUCAAAUCAUCCCAUCCAACCAUUGAAGAAUUGAGAAGCAGAAUGAAUAACAAUGGAUAUGUAGAGGGAAAUACAUAUCAGUAUCGCAUUGCUCCAGUCUUCAGUAAACAUAGGAAGUCAUUGUUGCAGAAUUACUGACAGUGGUGGUAGGGGGAAGGGGGGAAGUGUGAAUUACUUGUUUCUUAUUUUACUUUGUCCUUAUUCAGAUCCUGUAUUUUUUGUUGUUGGAACUUUGCCAGAAUUUAUUAAACAAUAGUCUUUUCAAUCUGGAUAUAUAGGAGACCCUGGUACUUUUGUUAGUGCCAUAGACAGACAACAUGUUAUUGUACCACAUGUCAUCACUUGACAUCUAACCCAAUAAUCUGAUAACAUCUCAUGAUAACAUUUACUGUAUGAUAAGGAAACCUUUAAAGCAUAUAAUUCUGCAGCUCAUUUGGAAUACAUAUAUUCUUUUAUGCAAUUGUGAAUGUGCCCAUGUAAAAUAUAUAGAAGAUAUGGAGAGGCUUUAGGUAUAAAAGAGAGCAAGAGAGAUAGAUGAAAAACCACAUGUUACUCAUCACUCAUUUUACAGUAAGGCUUUUAAGAUGAAAGAGUAACAUGAUUACCAUGGUCAUAAUAUAAAGUAAAAGCAGUGGUAAAGCCAAAGCUAAUUUUCUGAAUGAAAGAAUAUACAACCAUUAGACCUUCUUUCACUUCCCACAAUUUGAUUACAAUCAUCGAUCAACUGAUGGAAGACUUAGUGGUGCUGCUACUAACCUUGUUUCCACAAAAGUAGAGAAUCCGACUGAUCCCAUAUGAUGGUUUGAUUGUGAUGAAUGGGACAAUGGAAAAGUAAUUAUGAGUGGAUAGAAAGUAGAUUGGAAAAAUACAAAUACUAUUGAUCAAAUUAUGGAUUACUGAUUGUCAAAUGUGACACAUCCCUGCCAGCUAACCAUGAUUCAAAAUGAAUAGCAAUCCAAAUAUGAUUAUAACUCUUCAAUCACUUAUGCCUGUACUGAUGUAAUUAAUUAAAUUUAAGAAACAUAAUUAAAUUAAUGAAAACUGUGAACUCUUGAAGAAGAAAUACUAUUGCUGAAACUAGGUCAAAUUAUUAUCAAUAAUCAAUUGUGUGAUUAAAUCCUAGGAAGUGGCAGGGCCUCCUGUGUAUCCAGAUUGACCAGACUUCAGUGGUUAUAAUGCUAAUAUUAUAACAAAAAGUCAUGGAGUUUGCAGGUUUCUAAACCUGUAAUGGGCAGCUUCCUUCAUGUUCCCCAUUAUGUUAAACAUUUAUAUUGAAGUCAUCAGUCCUAAAAUUUAUUAGGUUCUCAGCUUCUCAAGUCAACAAAGAAUUCAACAGUGUACUGACUUAAGGUUUGUUAAAGUUUAAAGAACUUCACUGUUUGCUAAAAGAUUGAGCUUCAAUUAAUCCAUCAUGUCUUUACCUGAUGUUUUUGCUUUAGUCAUUCACUAUUAUCUGUUUCUGGUUGGGAUGGGCUGUUGGACAUUUUGCAUUUUCUUAUUGCAUUUUUAUCUCUUGUUUUAUUGCUGACAUUAUCUACUUAACACUGUUUUAUACAUAUAUUUGUUAAUGUGAAAAGAAUUUUAUGAAAUAUUUGUGAAUAAAUAUUGUCUAUAUUUUGUUGUACCUGGAGGAAAAGUGGAUGUUGGGUUAAAUAUAAAGAAGGCUAUGAAUAUAAAAUGAAUGAAAAAGUUGAACAUUAAUUUAAGAUUGGUAUGUACAAAAUCAAGAUUCAGAUGCAGGAAAUAGAAUGGAAUGGAGUAACACCACAUCCUUGGUUUCAUUACUUGGUUGGAAUUUUGUCACAUUCUAAGUUCAUUUCAUACCAUUUGCUAAGUAUAGUAUAUGAAGAUCCCUUUAGUUUGUAAACAGCUUACUGACAUGCCUCACUGUGCUCAGGCAGCAAAAGUGGUACACCUUCCUCUAGCAAGUCUAGGGUAGACAAGGUAGGCUGCUCCCUGUGUUUGUCUUGUGUCAUUGGCACGCCUUCCUCUAGCAAGUCUAGGGAAGACUGAGCCAGGCUGCUCAGUUUGUUUUUGUUUUGCUCUGUUAGCAUGUUAAUUUGGAUUCAGCACAGCAUGUAUUAUUUUAUAUCUUUUCUCCUUUCUCGUUUCUGCAAUCUUGUGUCACAGGACAAAAGCUGUGCUUUUUUCUUGAAUUAGUGACACUGUAAAUUCGUUGUUUUAUGUUUUAUAAUUGAUUUUUUAAUUUUUUUUUUACAGUAUUAUUUUAAUAGUUGCAUAUUUUCUAUAUGUACAAAUACUUAUCAAAACAUCUACAGCAGCUUUAUGAAUGAAACACUUCAUAAAC